UUUGAUACAAUUUCCCUUAUUGGAUCUUAGGGCUUUUCUAGGCAAAUAGAGAUUUCGGAUCAUGGGCCCUUACCAUGUCUGUCUGCGAUGGGCCUUCAGAGCGCGUGGACCCAUCUUUACAAAGACCAAACAGUACCCAUCCGUCAGGCCCAUUAAGAUAGGCCCAUCAGACUAAAUUUUACUAUCUUCAGUUGCCCCCUUCACCCCAAUGGUCCGUCUGCUUUUAGGUCAAAGGACCAAUGGGGUGACGAUUCUAAUGUAUGGGCGUGACGGGUAUUUUGAUGACGGAGUGGGAUUCGCGAAACAGAAGGUUGAAAAUGUUUGACGGAUCCAACCGUCAGAUAGGACGACGGUUUCAUAUGGAUUUAACCGUCAGACAUGAUGACGGGUAUCUUGCAAUUUCAGACGGUUUAAUCGAGUCAACGGUUACAAACUGUUGAUGCGAGCAGACAGGUUGUCAGCAUUUAUUAGCAUGCCACGUGUCAAUCUCUGAAUGGCCGUUGUAUAGGAUCGAAGCGUCGCUUCGUCUUCCGUGCAUCUCCUAUAUAUAUGAGGCGUCUCAAUCUCUCAUUUUCGCAUUUCCAAACAGAAAACGUCUGUCAGAGAGAACCGUCAACCUUGUCAGAGCAAUCCGUCGAGUACUGGUAACCACCAAUUACCACAACCGUCACCCGUUCUACGCCAGGUGUGGUAGACAGCGUCCGCAGAUUAGCCUCGAGGAAUUUAGUUUCCUUGAAGAGAUUUGCAGAAAAACUAGGCCAGAGGAAAGGACCUGGGCUAAGUUAGUGAAUCCAAAGACAAUACACUGGUAUUGUGACGGUCCAGAACCUACCCGUGAGGCCAUUGCAUACGACGAAAGAAUACACAAACAAAUGGACGACGCCAAGAGAAGGGCAAUGAUAAAAUCUCUAGCCGUCGAGCAAAAGAAGACGGGUGAGAUCGUUGUUCCCAGUGUGCCGGGGUCAUCGGGUAAGAGGAAGCAGCCACCAAAGUCCGACCGUCCACUCAAGCAGCCAAAGGUGUCAAUGGAGCCCGUGGUGGGCUUGAUGGCUGAGGGCCCUAAGGCCGUCACCCAAGUUAAACAAGGGGCCGGUAAGGGCCUAAUGCAUGCUCCACCCGUCAGCGGGGAGAAGCCCCCUCCCCUUCUCCGUGAGGACUCGAAGUUCGCUUUGGAGAAGCUUACGUCCAUACUUUCUGCAGAGGAUUAUGAGGAUCUUGGGAAUCAUUCGACGGAGGUGAUGGGGGAGACGGGGUUAUUUGCCGUCGGACAGUCCUUGGUUAUGAUGAAGGGCUUGAUGGACCGCUGCCUCAACCGUGAAGCGGCUCUGGAACGGGUACGGUCAAAGCUUGGGCAGACGGAAGAGGAGCUUAGCCAGCUGCACAAGUGGAAGGCCACGAUGGAGCAGAAGUUCGAACUCUCUGAGAAGACGAGAGAAGAACUUGAACAGAGGACGGAGGAGGCUGGGAAGGCCUUGAAGGUUAAAGCAGACGAGGUGAAGGAUCUGAAGAAAAAACUCCGUCAUGCAAGGGAUGACGCCGUCAGCGAAUAUCGCAACUCCGAGUCUUUGCUGAAGGAGCUGGCAGGAUCGUUCCUUCAAGGCUUCGACGAUUCGCUCCGUCAGGUGAAGAAGGCCUACCCAGAUCUGGACUUGUCCAUGAUAACACUAACUGAUCAAGGUCAGACGUCUGCUCUACCCGUCGCCUCCGAAAAUACGGAGGAUCUCUUUGGAGAAGAGGCAGCUCAGGGUGACGGAGAGUCCGCUAUGCCGAAUGAGGUCGCUGUUGUCGACCCCAAUAAAGCAGAGUAACCCAUAUAAUUGUUGAUGAGGAUCCGUCUCCCUUUUUAUGUAUUGUUAAUAAUUUGUAGACGGUUUGGUUGAAGUUUCAUUUGUACUGAACAAUGCUUUUCAUUCAUUGUCUUUUCGUGAUCUGUAUCCGUUAAGGAUUUUCUCCGUCUACUUUUAUUUUGAAUUUUAAUUUGCACAAGCUCGUCUGUUGAUCCGUCCACUUAUAAGCUAAACUAUUGAAGCUGACUUAUAUCGUCAUGUUGUCCGUCCACCUUGUGGGCGUUUUAGAGCCGUCUGCUUUAUGUAUGUACGUAAUUUAUUCACCG